CCAAAUUUUAUUGGUUAAACCCCUGCAUGUGAGACCUGGAUAGCAUCCCACUUCAUCAAAUAACAACAAAAAUAUUUACAGAAAACUGUGCAUAUUUUACAUUAUAAAUCUAGAUAACAGUCAGUGAGCACCACUACCCUCUCCAUACCCCCCAAGCAAGUCUCUCUUACCUUUUCACAAAGGAGAAGUAUGUCAAUUAUCCCAAGAUUUUUUCUUGCUCUGCUGAUUUUGAUGUUUGUUACAAAACUUUCAGUGAAUGGGCAGCUAGAAGAAUGGUGCAUAGCAGAUGAGCAGACAGCAGACAAUGAGUUGCAAGUGGCUUUAGAUUGGGCAUGUGGACAAGGGGGUGCAGAUUGUAGCAAGAUUCAGAAAGGGCAGGUUUGUUAUUACCCAAACACUGUGAGAGACCAUGCUUCUUAUGCCUUCAAUAGUUACUUUCAGAAGUACAAGAAGAAAGGUGGAAGCUGUUUCUUCAACAAUGCUGCUAUGGUUACUCAAGUUGAUCCUAGUCAUAAUUCUUGCCACUACGAGUACUUGCCCUAAUGCUUAGUGCUUUUCAAUCUCUUAAUGCCAAGUUCAGGUUUCAUCAUUUAUGCCAAGAAAGAUAAUCCCGGACAUCCAACUUCCUUAUAUCCCGGAUUUGAGAAAUUAUAAUUCAAUAUAUUGUAGCCAUUUUUGCUACUAAAGAUUCGAGAUAUCAGCUGCCUGACAAGCAAUUGGGGCAUGCACUAAUUUCUCUCUUUUUGGUGCU